AUGGUCGCGUCUCCCCCGCCGCCCCCGAUGGAGCUAGCCUCGGCCGCCUUCGUCCAUUUAGGAUGCACCCACGCCCAGCUCUUCCGCUCGGAGUACAAGAGGAGUAAUCGCACUAAGGGUCUCAAGAUCCUUCGAUGCUUCCCGCACUGUUGCCCCAAGCACAUCGACCGCAGCUAUUGCGGCACGUCGCUUAGCGUGCGAGUCGAGCUGGCCGCUCGGUCUCCUGGCGCCGGGCCAGUCGAGCUGUCUCCUACCGAUGCUCUGGCGGUCUUCGCGCGCUUCGAAGCUGUGACCGACGCGAGUAUUCGACCAGGCGAGUGCGUUGAGGUCGCCAAAAUUGCGGCCGGCACUCAGUCCGAGAGUAACUUGGACGGCCAGUGGAUGGAGGGCCUGAUCGACCGUCCGUCCGGACUCAUCACAACUUUCCGCAGGCCUGAUGCACCGGUUGACUACCAGAAGCCGCUUGUUUUUCACUUGAACGGGAAACCCCUAUCGCGUUGGUACUACGACUGGGAGAGCGGGGCUAACAAGGCGCAACGCCUCAUGAAGCACGUGCUCAAAGCUUACGUCGUGGAGCGCUGUGCCGUCGAUCGCCAUGGUAACUUGACCGCGUUCACGGACCCACAGGCUCACACGCAGCUCUAUCGAGUAUCGCGCGUCGUGACUUCACCUGAAUUCACUCAGGUGUCGGGAUUCCCAUACUCCAGUGAUGCUCACGGACUGUUCGAGGGAAACCUGCAGUGGGGGCAAACCAACCUCCCAGCUGCGCGUGUAUCCAGGAAUUUAGCACUCGCGUACGCAUUUCUCCGCUGGGUUCCCAUGAGCAGCUACGCACCGAUUGCUGCCGAACUGACGCUGCUGCGCGCGCUGACCCAGGGUAUCAAGUGGCUCUAUUCAGAAGGAACAUGGCAAUGGCUGCGUAGCUUUUUCUACCACCACGCCAGAUCUGUUCUAGAUAAGCAUGCUCUAAGAGCGUGCUUCUUGUUAUUAAUCCAGGAGCUCAGCGACUGCCUCGAUGCCCAAGUCUUUGCGCACACCGAUCUCAAGAGUCUAGAUAACGUAGCAGAAGAAGUCAUUGCUGCCGUAUACACGUACCCAGAUCUCCACGCGAGGCGUUUCCAAGUGCGCGAAAUCCUGGGAGGACGCAAUUUCAUCGGCUGGAACGCGUUCAUGGCGCAGAUACGAGAAACGUACAUCGGUAUGUCGACUUCUCGAAGGACCCAUCAUGCAUUCGCACGACGUCCACUCCGUAUAGGCUUCAGUCAAGUGCAUCCGGCUCGAAACGACAUUGAAAACUGCUGGAAUGGAGAAUGGCUACUCGAUGUGAACAAGGCCUCAUGGACGUCAAGCGAUGACGUUGAGGCGUGUAAACUGCACGUCCGUUCCAAUCACACCAUUGCAGGCUCGCUAAGUUUCAUGCGCAUAGUACUGGACGGGAAGGAGCGCGUGUUCUCGCAGUUUCCCGACGGCAUGGCCUCGGCCGUUGACGCUUGCCUGUACGGCGACUACGUCGGGGAGGUGCGGGUAGAGCAUCCGGAGCGGUUCGUAGUGUACUUGCAAGUCUACAACUGGUCUUUAUCCAGAAAUGAUCCGUCGUACAAUGUGCACUUGCGCAUCGAGUGCUGGCGCGGUCACAAGCUCUAUAUUAGUGGUGAUACUCUUGCAACUACUGCACCAACCACAUACAUGACGGAUGAAGAAACGUCAUUGUGGGGAGAGAUGUCUCUGCGAACGAAGCAAGAGACCAUGAGUGAAGUACACGCUCGCUAUUUGCAAGAGCACUCUAGAGCACGCUGGAAUACUUCCGUUGCUGCUGAACCAUGGAAGGAAGUAGGCAGGUUUCGGUUGACCUACGCCAAGGUAUAA